CUUUAUUAUAUAACUAAGGUCACUUUUGAUCAGGUGUAUGUAGCUACUAUACCAAUAGUUUAGAAGUGCUAUACACGCGUCUCUUUAGUAAUCUUUUGAGAAGAACCUAUGCCGAUUAGUCAAAAAAUCCCAACAUGGGCUGCUGCUCCGACUGUCUUUGCCAUCUUGGCCGUGGUUUCAUAUCAGACUCUAUUUGCGCCAGACAAUUUAGAGGGCACCAAAAAUAUAUUGCCUAUGGCUAAGACCAUUCCAAUUCCUGUUGAUGGACCAGAGAGCAUCGAGUUUGACCCACAAGGAGAAGGUCCUUAUGCUGCCGUCGUGGACGGUCGUAUUCUCAAGUGGCGCGGCGAUGCACUCGGCUGGGUUGAGUUUGCCCACACAUCUCCUCACAGAGGGAACUGUUCAAGCCGUGAAGUAGUGCCUACUUGUGGAAGACCACUGGGACUUAGUUUUGAGAAGAAAACGGGAGAUCUAUACAUAUGCGAUGGUUACCAAGGAGUCAUGAAGGUUGGACCUCAGGGAGGAUUGGCCGAGUUAGUUGUGGACCAAGCCGAAGGUCGCAAAGUUAUGUUUGCGAACCAAAUGGAUAUUGACGAAGAGGAAGAUGUCUUCUACUUCAAUGAUAGUAGUGACAAGUAUCAUUUCAGGGAGGUAUUUUUCGUUGCUGCCAAUGGGGAGCGGUCGGGAAGAGUGAUCAAAUAUGAUAAGAAGACGAAGGAGGCCAAAGUUGUGAUGGACAAUCUCCGUUGUAAUAACGGUUUGGCUCUAAACAAAGACCGGUCUUUUCUAAUAUCUUGCGAGUCAGCCACAGGUCUGGUCCACAGAUAUUGGAUAAAAGGUCCUAAAGCUGGGACCCGCGACAUCUUUGCGAAGGUCCCUGGAUACCCUGACAACAUCCGGCUGACACCAACUGGAGACUUUUGGAUUGGGAUACACAGCAAGAAAUCUCCAGCGGGGAGAUUGAUAGUGGGGAACAAAUGGCUUGGGAAACUGGUUGAGAAGACGGUUAAGUUGGAGUUGUUGAUUGCUGUGAUGAACGGGUUCAAACCGCAUGGAAUCGCGGUGAAAAUCUCCGGCGAGACAGGAGAGAUCCUUGAGAUACUCGAGGACAAAGAAGGGAAGACAAUGAAAUAUGUAAGUGAGGCGUAUGAGAGGGAAGAUGGAAAGAUAUGGUUUGGGUCUGUUUUUUGGCCAGCCGUUUGGGUUCUUGAUCGCAAGUAACUCUUGUUUUUUUCUUUUCAACUCUGCUUUGUUGUUCGCAUGAUGUGUUCUAUACAGUACUAAUAAAUAUUUCUAUUGUGUAACGUUUUUCAUUACUAGAGUAGUUGCUUCCACUUUACAUGUUAUCUUUUCUCCUC